UGCAAUACAAUCAUCAGACAGCAAGUUAUACCAGGCAUCGUACUCAACGAUAUCGCCCAAGGUCUCACACUGACCCUCAACCAGCUGGUCAGGCUGCCGUUGCUACCCCCCACCCUCUACCUCAGGAUCCGCAUAGACACAUAGAUUUCCAUCAUGCUCAGAGACAUUACUGAGUUCCACGCUAGAAUUAUCAUCUACCUUGUACAUUAUCUGUAAUUUUUUUCCCAAUGAUUUCCUUUUCCUGCUAUCCAAAUAAGAGCGCGCUGCCAACACUCUCAAACUAUUUUUUUGGAAUCUUCACCGCCGUGUGACCUCGUUUGAAUGCUGUCUACCAUCAUGCCUUCACCUAGAGAUUCAGAUACUUAUUCCGAUUCAGAAUACACGCACACAUCAGAGCACUAUGAAGCUCUACUCAAAGGAUUUACAAGCAUUAUGAAUUUAUAUGAUAGUCAGGAUUCCAUACGACUUCAGGAUUGGUUUGAUUUAAUUGAAAAUCAAGAACAAGAAAAUGGUAUUUCACUGCUUUCAGAAAAGCAGAAGCAGGAACUGGCCCCAUUCUGUACUGCUAACGCCGACCUGGAACUUGCACCAGAGGACGUGGUGUCUCUCCUGAAAAUUGCUGCUCAACAAAGACCUAUGGAAGAAAGUCAGGGUAUUUUCGCUCACAGAAGAAGAACAUCGAAGCUACUGGGUACGCUAGAGCCAAGACAGCGUCGCCGAAAGGAAUCGGAACAGCUCGGUACAUUGACUUCGGAAAGCGACCUAGAAUCAGACGCACUUGUACCUUCUCAAGAGGAAAUAACUUCAUACCAUAAGCCAGAGACGCGGAAAUCAAGCGAUAGUGUAUCUCAACAGGAUACAAUGGGCCUUGAAGCAUACGACCGGCAAAAUGAAGCUCUCACACGGCGCCUUCUGGAAAGAGAAAAGGAGUUAAAAAAAUUAGAAGAAGAACAAGAGGAUAGAAUAGCAUAUAUCUCGCAGCAAGCACAACAACUUGAAAAAGAGAUUGCCAGUCGUAAAAAGGAAAUCCAGGACUAUAAAUCUCGUGAACAACAAGCAUCUCUACAGAUUCAAGAACUAGAGACGCAGGUGUCACAACUUGAGCAUGAACAAACAAUUCAAAAGCGUGAUCAAGCCAUCACCAAAGCACAACUGGAUGAAAAAGCUGAUGAGCUUCUCAAGCUGAAGGAUGUCGUCCAAUUGAGGGAAUCAGAGCUUGCGAAUGAUCAUGUUGAGCGGGAGACAACUCAAAAAGCAUUGCAGACGUUAGUGCAGGAAAAGGAAAGCUUGCUUCAAGAACAGCAGCAAUUGGAACAAAAAUUGGAAGAGAGUAAAGAGGCAUUUGAGCAAGUUUAUCAAAUUCAGAACGAGAACGAAUCACUAAAGCAAACGAUUGAGCAAAUGAAGCUGGAACUAGAUCAGCUGGAAACUGCAAAUCAACUACAAGUCGACCUACCCAAACAACAAGAUAGCUUGCUUGCAGAACUCAAGACUCAUGCGUUGGAUGAUUCAGAGUCUUUGGGUGUUGCAUCAUUUGGGUUAAAAAAUGAUCAAGAUAAGCAGCAGUUCAUAUCACUGCGAAAGCAAAUGAUUCUGCAAACAGCACUAUUGGAACAAUUCAAGUCCAAGCUACUUGUACUUAAGGCCAAGGCCGAUCAAAAAAGCAACAAACCAAAAAGGUUGUUGACAAUACAACAUUAUCUUGUUGGAAUUUUCGCCUACAUGCUGUUAGUUUACCUUGUGGCGAAGUGGCUGUCAAUUGACAUAGAUUCAAGUAACGUUUAUAACGAUUCUGUAUAUACCCGAUCAUGGCUUCCUGAACCACUACGGUUCAGUAUUGAACAAUAUUUGUAUGGCAAUCUGCCUAAUCCCGUAUAAUGUAUUACGCUAUUUUUUACACUCACAUCUUUAUCUUUAUUAACUAUAAUUCUGCCCAUACCUCCAUUACAUUAUCGUACAUUACUGUAAAUCUCGACAUCACCAAUAAACUGAAUAUGUC